AUGAAUUCCCAGAAAGGCAACAUGUCUUGGUCCAAGCCUCAGAAGUACCAGAAUAUGUUCACCUUCAAAAAUGACAAGUUUAAUAAGAGUGUUCAGACCAAAAAAAUUAAUGCAAAGCUUCAUGAGAAAGUUAGUCAGUGCUGCAAGGAAGUUCUUGAAUGGCGUGUAAAGCACAGCAAAAACAAACCACUGUCAAAGUGUAUGAGAUGUGUUAAAUGUUUACAGAAGACAGUAAAGGACUCUUAA